AUUCAGAAUGACCUUGUGUGUCUGCCUUGUAACGUCUGCUUACGUUGUGUGGCGUACGGAUUUAUUCUUUUGAAGACCUAACCUCUUUGAUAUAUAUAUUCCAGAAAACAUGACGGAUUUUAUGACACUUGAUAUUGGAGGAACAAUUUUCAAAACAAAACGACAAACUCUACUAAAAUUUCCAUCGACUCGUCUGGGCAAAAUGGCAUCAGGAAUUCACACUACCGAGGCUUCGCCCUUUGAUAGAAAUCAAAUCAUUUUCCCGAACAUUUUAGAUUUCUACAGAUUGGGUGAGCUUCAUUUGCCGAAGAAUAUGUGUGCUGCCGUCAUUGUAAAGGAAUUAGACUUCUGGGAAAUAGACCAGAGUUACAUUUCUGAGUGUUGUCUAAAACUUUUGACGGAUUACGAGGAUAGUGUACAGAAGCAACUGGAGCUGAAGAAGAGCUUGGAAGACGUGGAAGUGGACUACAACCCAGAUGACUUACAGCACAGCAAGGUCAAACAAAUCUCCAGGCAAAUCUGGUUGUUUUUCGAUUGCCCUAAAUCAUCUAAACUGGCAUUUAUGUACAGCGUCUUGUUUAUGAUGGUAACAGUUCUCUCCGUCACACUGUUUUGCAUGGAGACACACCCCCAGUUUAGAAAUCAAUUCCAGACCGUGAACGACAUUCUUUUUCUGAUGAAUUUCACGAAUAUAUUUGACAAUGUAGAUUUUGAAAACCCAAAGGAAAUAUUGUACACUACCACACUACUUAAACCCGAGCUGUAUUAUCUACAGAUCACUUGCUUAGCAUUUUUCACAUUUGACCUUGUAUUCCAUUUUGGUUUCUGUCCACACAAGAGAAGGUUUUUUCGGUCCCUUCUCAAUGUUUUAGACUGGUUUUUGGUCAUUUCGAUGUGGACAACAACUAUUAUGGAAUUGAACAAUGUAUGGAUAAAUGGCAAAGUAGCAAGCAUAUUUUAUGUAGUAUUUAAGUGUUGCUCAGCUUUCCGAAUGUUGAGAUUACUCCGACUCAUUCGGCAACAUAAUGGUCUUAAUAUGCUGUUCAUGGCAAUCAGAAGUAGUAGAUGGGAGAUAGGGCUGUUGUUUGCAGCUUUCAUGAUUUUCUCAACUGUUUUCGGGGGAUUUGUGUAUUACGCAGAGUACAAGGAACAUAGUACGUUUCCACAUGCUUUUACGGGCAUUUGGUGGUCUAUCGUUACCAUGACAACCGUGGGAUAUGGCGAUGAAUAUCCAAAGACUCUUGGUGGGAAAGUUGUCGGAUCAUUUUGUGCUAUAUCCGGUGUACUGAUAAUAGCCAUGCCUAUUGCAAUUAUAGCGUCCACAUUCAGUGAUUUUAAUGAUAAGAAUAAAGUAAGAAUGAAGUUUCAGUCUUACAAAAACCGUGGAAACAAAGUUGGUGUGCAUUUAGCAAAACCCAACGAAAAAAUCAAAUUUUAAGUUUUCAAACUUUGUAUAAUUAUUAACUGAUUCCCAUUUCGUUCAUUCGUUGAUUUAAAAAAAAAACACCCACAUUUAUUUAUGUACAAUGCAGACUGAAGCAUCAUUAAAGAUGGCUUGGGAAAGUCUAAUUGUUAUUAAUGAGGUGUACAGAACUAAUGGGGACCAAGGUCUUUACAGAUAAUUUAUCUAUGGAUUAGACCAAAUUAUUUUGACAUUUUGCCAUGGCUAUUCAUAAAUUUAUUUCAUUGUUGAAUCCAGAGUGAAUAAGUCCCCUCAACCACCUAGAUUGCAAAAUGAAAUUGUAAUACAGUAUAUAUUUCAAAUUCUUGUGAUUUAUAUCAAAAUUUGCAAUGUUACAUGUAAAAACUUUGUGAUAUACAAGAUAUGAAUAAGUUGCGAGUUUACAUAAGUUAUAACUUAUUUACAUAUGCUGUACAUAACUUUUGUUAUAUGAUACAAAAAUACAUGUUGCCAAACACAGAAUUGAUCGGUACAAGUUUUGAUUUGAAUAAAAUUAAGGAAUAAAUGUACAGAAUUGUAAUUUGAUUUUAUUCGAAUAAUCAAUUUUAUUGAUUUCAAUAAUGUUUUGGGCUUUUUUUACUCGGAUUUCGUGUUGUUGUAUUCAAUUUAUGUGAACUUGUCAACUUCUGUAAUUAACAAACAUUUUUAAAACAUGUAUUGAAUAUUAUGGCACUGACUUGUUCUAUGUAUUGAAUAUUAUGGCACUGACUUGUUCUAUGCAUUGAAUAUUAUGGCACUGACUUGUUCUAUGUAUUGAAUAUUAUGGCACUGACUUGUUCUAUGUAUUGAAUAUUAUGGCACUGA